UCAACCGCACCUUGGAUUGCAGCUCCAACAUUCGCAAAGCAAGCACGCUGCAGACUGGAGACGCCGCGCAAAGCGUUCCCCCCUCCCUUUAAAAAAACAACAACAACCAAACAAACAGAAAAAAAAACAUCGCCGAACCGCCAACAUUGCAACAGAACGAUGACACUGAUCCACGAGGGGCACAAGCACAACAUCAUUUGACAACCUGCGACCUGCACAGCUCCUCUUCUUCUCCGCUCCUUGUGCCUCACGUCAACGUUCCUGCCCCCCACCGGUCCUCUCGGCCAGCGGGACCAUGAUGCUGAGCAGCUCCGUGGAGGUGCCCAGCCCGGCCGGGCUGAGCAGCCUCAGCGGGCUGAGCGAAGCGGCUCGAAACGUGGUGCGCUCCUCAAGCAUCUCGGGGGCCAUGUACAACUUGGAGAAGAGUCCCGGAGGCGGGGGUCCCGAGUCGGCGUCGCUGGCCGGCAACAAGAAGCGGCGCUCCAGUCUGGGAGCCAAGAUGGUGGCUAUUGUGGGCUUGUCGCAGUGGAGCAAGAGCACGCAGCAGCUCAACCAGCACGACGGUGGGACCAAGAAGCUUCGCAGCACAAUCCGACGGAGCACGGAGACCGGGAUCGCCGUGGAGAUGAGGAACCGGGUGACGCGGCAGGGCAGCAAGGACUCCACCGACGGCAGCACCAACUCGAACAGCUCCGACGGAACGUUCAUCUUCCCUACCACACGCCUCGGGCCCGAGAGCCAGUUCAGCGACUUCCUGGACGGAUUAGGCCCAGCUCAGAUCGUAGGGCGACAAACAUUAGCGACGCCUCCUAUGGGGGACGUCCAUGUUGGUAUGGUGGACAGAGGAGGCCAGCUGGAGGUGGAGGUCAACCAGGCCAGAGGCUUGAUCCCCAAACCGGGCUCCAAGAAUAUUCCAGCAACCUACGUGAAGCUGUACGUCCUCGAGAACGGAAUGUGCUUGGCCAAGAAGAAAACCAAAGUCGUGAAGAAGAAUCUCGACCCGAGCUACCAGCAGCCUCUGUUGUUUGAUGAGAGUCCUCAGGGAAAAGUCCUCCAGGUAAUUGUGUGGGGGGAUUAUGGGCGUAUGGACCACAAGUGCUUCAUGGGAAUGGCCCAGAUCCUGUUGGAGGAUUUGGACCUCUCGGCGACAGUCGGCGGCUGGUACAAGCUGUUCCCUACCUCCUCUCUGGCAGACCCCAGCAUCGGACCCCUCACCCGACGCCUCUCGCAGUCCUCCCUGGAGAGCGCCACCAGCCCCUCGUGCACCUAAGGCUGAGUCAUGCAGACCCCCGUACUGUACAUACCACUCAAGACUAUAUCCUGAAACGCAAGAGCCGACAUACAGUACAUCCCACUUGUUUGUACGCUCACCCAGCCAUAUUUGUUAUUUUUUUUUUUUAGUCAGGAAAAACUCAUCAAUUCACCAGUUUAGCAGAAAACGUAGCAUUUUUCCUCCUCCAUAUUCCAACAUUCCCAUCCAUGACACGUUUGGUUCACAGAGUGCCAUAACCUGCAUUCCGAGGUUCCACAAUGCCAUCGCAGGGCCAUAUAGCUGACACUUUCUAACCUCUAUGCCAAACUUGAGGAAAAUAACAGAACAAAACAUUCUUUUUUAAAAACCAAAGCAAUUGUUAUUGUUGUAGUCGUAGAUGAAGUAGUAGAACAAGAUAAAGUAUGGAUAUGUAGCAGAGCCAAUGACUUAGAAGUUACAUUCUGCGGGCCAAACGCAUAACAGGUGCAGAUUAUUCACAUAAAGGAACGUAUGUGAGGUAGCAACACUGCUAUUGUACAGGGCAGGGCUGAGUUUAUACAUAGAUAUGCAUAUACACAUAUAUAGUUCAACAUUUAUUUGUGUUCUCGUAUGUAUCUGCCGCACUCUGCAUGCUUGCUUGCAACCUUUGUAAAGACCUUUUGAAAGUGCUCCAAACUUUACAGUUAACUUUAGAGCAAGGAAAGCGGGGGUAACGGAGGGAGCUAUUAUUGAAGACCGUGUUUCCCAACCUCUGAUGAACAAAGAUACAUUAUUUGUGGUAAAUAGUUUUUUUUUUUUUUUUUUUUUAGGGCCAAUUAAGUAAAAUUGGACAGCACAAUGGUUGGGAAUCACUAAUUGAGGAGCUGGUGGAUAAAAUAUGAUGAUGAUGGUAGUGAUACAAGAUCCUGCCUUGAUUUUUCAACCACAGGGCACUGAGCAUUCUGGGAAAUCUGAACAGCUUUAUUGCAGGGUUGUUGUUUUUUUUCUGGGCUCCCCAAGCAGGAUGCAUCACUUUUUUUCUUUUGUGUACCAACAUUUGGUGUUUUGAGAGGCUUUUCUUGAAAUAUGAUCGAAAAGGAAAUAUGACGGUGACCAUCCGCCGUGGUGGUCUGACACCAUGUGACACCGGCAACAUUUUAUUUUUUACGCUGGUGUUGCACUACGUUAUUUUCCAGACAGCACUUUAUUGUGAAACCACACAGUCAAACAAUUAUCGCUGUUUUUCAUGUAAUGUCGUGAUUAUUUUGAAUUGAAUGCCAGCAUGGAAAUGUAACAGCAUGUUUGUUUCUUUCUUUAUUGAUUUUUGUGUUUUUUUUGUUAGUUUUUUUGGGCUACAUUGACUUGUUUAAAAUUAGUUUUCUCACUUCUACAAGAACAAAAGAAACAGAUCAGUUUUACUCGUAGCACUUUCUGUCAUUAAUCUGACUCUUGCAUCUCAGUAAGAUAAAAUGAAUUCAGCAUAACAAGUUGUAUCAGAAAGUUCGAUGUACUUAAGCUCAAGCGAGUAAUUGGCAUUUAAUGUUUUUUGUUUUGUUUUGUUUUUUUUUCUCCCAAAGGUACAUUCCGUUUAUCAGCACUUAAACAGAGCUCACAUUUGUACUUUUGUCCUCAAAGCACUCACGAAUUUCACAGUUCCGUUUUGGAUUUGAAAACUAUGUACUGUAUGUUCCAAUCUUCUUGACAUGAUCUAUGAUAUUGUAGGGUAUUCUAUAUAGUAUAAAAAUCUUAUCAUUUGUGUCUUUUUGUGGACAACUGGCAUGAUGAUGUAAAAUGAGUACAAAUACUGUAUUUGCACACAAUCUCUUCAGUGCACUUUUUUUUUUUUCGUGAUUCCUUGAAAAUCGUCUUUGUCAGAGGAGGAAUCCAGUCUUGUCAAAGAACCCCUGAAGACAAAAACCACCUUGUAUAACUUCCAUGUUCAGUGCUGAAUGUUUAACUCCUUGGCAAAAAUCAGAAAAGAAUAUUUGCGAUGUAAAUUCCAAUGUUUUGGAGCUUGUAUGGAAAUGUUUGUUAACUUUUUGCUGUAGUGUAUAGUGGUUCUGAAAGCAGAACGGUAUCCUUGAAGAAAUGUUCUUUCUUAAUGCGCAUCCAAAUCCUUUGAAUUCCGCAACCAAAAGCAAAGGGAAAUAUUGCCUUUCUUUAACGUCAAGUGUGAGUAUGCACAUUUAUGGCAUUGCGUUAUGAGUGUGAGGGACUGUAAGAAUGAGGACGUUCAAAAUCUGUAAGUAAUUGUUCAAAAAAUAUAUAUAUACUGUAUAUUGUGCUUUAAAUGAUGCAGGGUUUGGGAUAUGAACACUAUACUUUAAGUCCCUGUAAAGUGAAAAAUAAAAUAUGUCUUCUGAAGACUGUUGUUAACAAACCUGCCAAAUUUGAAUACAAAAAAAAAAACAUGAAAAAAAAAAUGCAAAGUAUAUAAAAUAAGGCUUCAAAAUUGUGAAAAAUCAAAGCCGUUCUCUUGGCUCUCGAACACUGCGGGCAUUUCCGCUGAAUGCGCUGAAACCACAACCUGGAAAAAUGGAUGCUAACAUAUUUCUUAUGUCUACACAUAACUUCAUAUUUGAGCCGCAAAAAUAUAUCUGCUUAAAGCCUCUAGUGGCUGGAAUAAUUCCCAUUCGCCGUGACAAUGAGGUGCUCUAAAGCGGCCACGCCUAGCCCGAAGCCCCGGUCCACACGCUGUCUGUCAUGUAGGACAAUUAUUUUUUUUUCAUCAUGACGUGCGCACACUCACAGCCAACAACAAGGAACUCUAAAGUGCUUCAUGUGGCCCCAUUUUAACCGUGGCGAAAGAAAAAAAAAAUCAUGAAAUCUAAAAUGGUGAAAAACAGUUUAACCUUGUAUCCCCACAAGGCUUUGCACAUUUUCAGCAAUUAUCUUCAAACAUGUUUAAUGUGUUUAGAAACAUCGUAAAGAAUUCACUUUACAGGGUCUUUAAUCUUCACGCAAUUGUAUCAUGUUUCUUGCCGUUUCCCCACUUUAAAGUGGCUUUUAGAGAACAAAGUUUUAUGAUUUAUGAAGAUAAAAGUAGAUGUGAAAGCUUCCCAAGCAGCAGGGUUGACGGUGACAGAGUUGGUUCAGGUUCUGGUGACGUUUUGAAUGUGAAGGUACUGAAACGGGUCAAUUGGAGACAUGCUGGGAGUAUUAUUCUUAUUUUUUUUCUGGGGGGCAUGUCAAGCUUUCCAGACUGGACACGGAGAUUGAUGGUUGAGCCGAUGCAGACGAUGAGAUUUGAAUAUCCACGUCCGGCGUUCUUCAACCCGAUUUGACUUAUUUAUGUGCAAAAAAAAAAAAAAAAAAGAAAGAAAAAAAUGACAAAAUUGUCAAUCAACCUGUUGAAAAUUUUAUUUUUAUAAUUAGAGAGGAACUAUAGAGAGGAGGGAGUGUGUGCGGGCGAAGCUGCCUUGUGAUGAUGAGGGCUUGUUCAGUUUACAAUGGCCUUAUUGUUCUCAUUAUUAUUAUUAUUAUUAUUAUUGUAUUGUGGAGAUUCAUGCUUCACUAUUGUAUUAUUAUUAUUAUUGUAUUGUGGAGAUUCAUGCUUCACUAUUGUACUACACGUUUGAAAGUUUGGACAAUUGUAUUCUGCUUGAAAUAUUGAUACCGGAGUUCUACAUACAGUAUAUAUGGAAUAUGUGUGUGUAUAGUUUUCUGAAUGUAUUUCUUAACCCUAACACCUAAUUUUUUCCUGUCAUUUACUUUGCGGUAAUGUCUCUCCCUUACAUGGGACUACUUGUACUCUAAUGUAUUGUUUGUAUAUUCCCCUGAAAGAAAGCGGCUCAGUGGUUGAAAGAAGCAUGCACAAUGCUUUUUGAUUUAUUGACAUUGCAGUGAAGGUAUUACUGCCUUCUUGCACCAGUUAAUUUCUCAACCACAAUGAUGAAAUUGGUUUGACUUGUGGUAUACUUUAUCGCAUGGUUAUACUGAUUUUUCUUGAUGGUGUGGAGUUAUUAUUAUUAAUAAGCUAGGAUGCGGUUGAAGCCACUAAGAAAUGAAAGAUUUUGAAGGAAUGCAAAGUAUACUCUUUUUGGGGAAAAUUAUUUGUAUUUAAUUUUAAACAGGGUUGCAAAUGGGAUAGAAAUGUUGAAUUUUUUUCUGGAAACUUUCUAUGGGAAGUUUAGCUGAGGAAUUUUGGAAAUUCAUUUACUUUUAUAUUUCGUACAAUUAAUUUAAUGUAAUUUGCAUUCUUUUUUAUUCUGUUGUUUAUUUUUAAUUAGAAUGAACGUGAAUUUAACUUAUACUGUAGGUAAUCUUUACACCUACAGUAUAUUGUACAUACACUAUACAAAAUUCAAAUUUUGAAUAUGUAGCAUGCAUGCAAAUUAGUUUUAUAAAAUAUAACUGCUUUUAUUUGUGAAAAGUAUUUUAAUCAAGAACCAAAAAAUAUGACAGCCCCCAAACCUAAAUUGUACUUAAGACGAUUAAAAAAAAAAAAAAAAUCUAACUAACCAGUGAAUUGCAAUUUUCCAGUUUGUGUAAAUUCCUGCUAAUUCCCAUGGAAAGUUGCACAUUCUCAGUAUCAUGCAACCCUAAAGUACAAGUAGCACUGGCUCUGCCAAUUUUCUUUAGGCAAUAAACAUUGACUGUAAAAUCUAAGUUGCUCACAUUUACACGUUUUGAGGCUUUGCAGCUAACAAAAAGGACUUCUAAUCUACGCAAUGCAUCGGACUAACCAUAAACUUGUAGCUAUUUCGACAUAGCACCCCCAUGAGCAGCCUUUUUAAACUACUUUGUGUGUGUUUUUUUUUUUUUUUUUCCCCUUGAGGUCUUUUUAUUGUAGCAAAGUGACACAAACAUCCUAUACUUUGGAUCUUGUACGUAUAUGUUUGGUUUAUGUCAUUUAAUAUGUCAACGUCUCCAUCAUGGAAAGCCAUUUGAGCAUUUAUUCCAUAUGAUUGACAUUCAGAUCAAGUUCCAUGUACUGUACUAGUAUAUAUACUAGUCCUCACUAGUAGGACAAUUCAGUGCACUGUUAAAAAGUUACUCGUAACAUUUCUUUCCAUGGAGCUUAAGGUCCACAUACUAGUUUGCCCUUUUUACUACUAGCUGGACAACUUUGGCAAACUAGGACAACUACAUGUUACCAGUGAGGCAAAACUGUGCUACUCGCGCUACACGUGAUAUAAAAAUCUACUAGUUCACAUCUAGUGCAGUGCUACUCAAACUUUUUGCCAUCUGAAAAAAUACCAAUGUCUUCAAAUACCAAGAUCACGAUAUAGGUGCAUAGUAGGCCUAAGUGUUCAUCGAAAAAGUAUAUUUAAUAUAAUUUUAGGCCACUGUAACAUUAUGCACAGUUUGAACAUUAACACUGUGGUUAAAUAUGGGGCAUUAUACAACAUAAAUAAUGAUUUAAUAAAAAUGUACUGCCCAUAAGUUACAUAAAAAAUGGACUGAAAUAAAUACUUGAAAACAAACAGCUCUAACAGAUAAAAUGCAAAUGUAUUGUAGGCUACUUCAAAGUUAAAUACAACUGAACUGUGCUUAACAAAUGUACUGUAAUGGAUUAACUUAGUGCGCCCUAGUCACUAGUGCACUGAACUGUGCCACGAGUUUGGACAAACGGCGUAGUAGUACCUGGACCUUAAGCUGGAUACCAAAUUGUCAAACGGUUUCCCGAGCAGCCAUGUUGUCAGACUAUAUUGACGGCCCCUCUAAAUGACCCCACACCAUUCAUAUCCCAAGCCAGCAAAGCACAAAUGUUCCUGAAUGCAACACGACAAGGACAAAACAACUUGAGAUGGCACUCACGGGAAACACGGUGAUGCUCACAAACACCCACGCACACAGCUGAUGAAUACCUCGGCGUCACUACACCAACGUUCAUCCGCAUUGCUGGUGCCGGUCGUCUUGUCUAACUGGCCUUAACCUUUCCACUGAGGUGUUUGCAAAAGGGCAACGUGUCGCAGAGCGUCUUUGUGACGGGAGGAUGCAUUUUAUGGCCAACAUAGAGAUAGGGGGGAGGUGGUGGUGGGGGGGGGACUGUAAUUUUCUACCUGUGCUUUGUAAAUGUUUUCUAUGUGCAGUAUUUGAUAAUGUAAAACUGGUAUUUUUGUGGUUUGUAAGCUGCAAAAUUGAUUACUUAAAGUGCAUGUAGUUUUUUAAGAAAAUUAAACUGAGGGUUACAACAACAACAACAAAAUCCAAACAUUUUGUUUUCAGAAGCCUGUAUUUGCAUGUAUUUGACCGAGCAAAGUCAAUAAAGUUCAUUUGA